AGCUCUCUACAUGUGUGUGUUGCAAGUUUAAGUCGACCACGGUGGGGAGUGAUGCCAGGGGUGGAUUUAAGCCGAACCUUGAAAUUCUGUGAACCUCUAUGCCAAUAACAUUUCCCCACUCUGGUCUGUAAACACAUGCACACCCACCAAGUAGCGACCCAUCCCUAAGGGUCAGCGUCAGGAAAUCAGCGAGUCUGUGUCUUCAUGCCUUCUUCAGGAAGCGAUAUUUCAGGGGAGGAAAACGUACUUUUCAGCUCCCAAAUUUUCCUCUAGAUGGUUGAAAGGAAAAAUGCCAUCUCUCUGCUCCCACCCUGAGAAGAACGCUGUAGGGCCGCCUGGGCUUUGCUAAUAAAAGCGGAAAGUGUAAAUGGUUUGGCGAUGACUGACUUUCGCCCUUGGACGGAGAAAUGAGAUCACGGUUUUCACGGACAAGAACCGCCGCUGCCGCCACCGCGGAGUCUGCCGCUUCCUCUCCCAGCACGGGUCCCGUAUUACAUCACCGGUGAGCUCCUGGGGGGUCAGGGGGAGCGGAGGCUCCACCCGGGUCGCAGCCCCCGACUCCAGAGGAGAAACACAAAACGGCAAGGGUGUAGGGGGAGGGGGCGAGCGGGAGGGAGAAAGAAAAAGGAGGACCAGGUUUCCCACCACCCCUCCGAAUGUGAGGAGGGUGUUGCACUGGCGUCUGGUCCUUAAGCAGCCCAAAUUUCAUAAGCCGCAUCGCCCCCCCCCCCCCAACUCCCCACCCGCCCUCUACUCUCAAUUACGACAUCCAAAGCGGCCAGGGAAGUCGCCUUGAGAGGCCCAAGGGGGACUGAGCAGACAGGCUCCCAGGGACUGGGAGGGACCGCGACGCCCGCGCCUCCUCCGGGGAGUGGGGGGGCGGGGGAUGCGGCUGCCGCUGCGCCCCCGCCCGGCCCAGCCAGCGGUGCCUCCCCCGCCAGGCGACAGCAGCCGGACGGGGGCGGCAGAAGCGCCUCCUCCCCGCCCGGAGCCGAGACGGCGGCGCAGGGGGAGGAAGGAGCCUCACCUUGCCCCCGAUGAGGGGCGGAUCAUGCCAUGGCAGCGCCGGCGAGCGACAGCGGCGGCGGCUGCGGCGGCGAUCGGAGCCCAACCAGCAGCCCCGGGAGCUCGACCGGAGCCGGGGGCGCCGCGGCGCGAGCCCGGGACGGCGGGGACGCGGGAGCCCGGAGCGCAGCGGUGACGGUCCCCGUCCUCCCUCCGCUCGAGGACUACGAGUGCAAAAUCUGCUACAACUACUUCGACGCAGACCGGCGCGCGCCCAAGCUGCUGGCGUGCCUGCACACCUUUUGCCAGGAGUGCCUGAGCCAGCUGCAGCUCCGCGCCGCCGCCGCCGCCGCCGCGCCUGAGCGCACGCCGCGCCCGCCGCCCUGGCACGGCCCGCCCGGCGCCAUCGCCUGCCCCGUGUGCCGCCACCGCACGCCGCUGCCCGACAGCCGCGUGCACGGCCUGCCCAACAACACCAAGCUCGCCGAGGCCUUCCCGCUGGCCCUCCGCGCAGCGCACGACCCGCUGCCCCAGGACCGCCUCCCGCCGCUGCCCGCGCGCCGCCCAGCGCCCACUUCGGCCCCGUCGGCAGCCGCGGCCCCGGCCCCGCCGCCGCCGCCGCCGUCCUCCGAGGACGCGGCCGGAGGACCACGCGCCCGCGCCGGCCUGCGCGCGCCGGGCAACUACGAGAGCUGCCAGAACUGCAAGCGCGCCGCGCUCACCGCCGGCUGCGUGUGCGUCGUCUUCUCCUUCCUCUCCAUGGUGGUGCUGCUCUUCACCGGCCUCAUCUUCGUCAACCACUACGGCGGCGGCGGCGGGGCACCCCCGGGGGGCGGGGCGCCCCCUGGUGCAGCCCCCGCAGCCGGCUCGCCCUCGCCCUCGCCCGUGGGGCCCAUCUGCCUGUCGGUGGCCAGCAUCCUGGCGCUCUUCUCGGUCGUCAUCACUUGGAUCAUCUGCUGGCUCAAGUACCGGCCCGAGGGCGCGGCCCCGGGCUCGGCCGCGGGCGGUGGCGGCCCGAGGGCGCGGGCGGCGGCAGCGGCGAGCGGCGCGCGGAGGAGCGGCACGUAGCGGGGCCGCACGCCUGGCCUCCCUCGCGCACCUGCAGCCCCGCGCGGCCCUAAUGGAGGGGGCCUCUGGUCCCGUGCGAUCGAGCUUCUCCGCCCUCUCCCCUCUGGCCCCGGACGCGCACCCCCUCGCCGCCUGGCCACUCCUCAGUGGUUUUCCGCCUCUCUGGCCUUUCCUGUCCACUUCGCGCUGGGCCAGAGAGGGAAACCAAGGAAGCAGGGAUGCUGGUGGGGAGUCGCGUCUCCGUGGACUGUUCAAGGUCAGCCCCCUCCAUGCACCGCCCUCAUCCUCGCCAGAAUGCACAACCAACCCUCUCCGGAGUGCGAAGAUUUGCAAAAAGAGGAGGAAAGAGGAGUGGGACACCCAUGGCCCCGCCUGGAAGCUGGUUUUCUGACUGCCGUGACUUGGGCGUUUCUUUAAGCGUAUGGGUGCGCGCGCGCGCACACCCGCAGCAGUUGUGAAUGGACCUGAGUUGUCCUGAGGAAGAACGAAUGAGAUGUGAACGUGAGAGAAACGUCUCCCUGCCCCCUGGAGGUCCUGGAGGGUGAGUGAGCCGGAUCGCUGAGAGUGAUGUACAACCUUCGGGGGGCGUCACGCGUGGGGACGCUGGAUAGAACAACGGCCCAGCAUCCGUGCGCAAUUGAGCAGGUGCUUAGCGCGCGUGCGCGCCCUCAUCUGCCUCCAGAUUAUUUCGAGCAGAACGGUGGUGGAGCGCACUGGGCGGUAGAUCCUUCUGUUAGUGGCCCGACAGAGUCCAAGAAGUCCCACCUCCUGGAAACUUGUGAUCGCUUUAUUCUCGAUGUUGCUACCAGGAAGUCAUUUCAUCUUCUGUAACUGGACUCAGGGAGCUUCAAGAGCCCGUUCUCUCUUCUCUCAAAACUGACUUACUGUUGCCCCCACCUGGAAGAUACUGAAAGCUAUUCGCGCAGAAUAGAAACUUUAGGCUUCCCCUGCCUUUUUUCUUAAUUUCAUUUUUAAAAUAAUUUAUUUUAGAGUAUAUAAAUCUGGAAAAUGUGUGCAUUAAAAUUUCUGGAAAAGUUGUUUGAUAAGCAGUAAUAUUCCUGCCGUACCUCUAGUCCGAAUACAUUUCGAAAUGAGGGGCAUACAAUAAACGCGUGUUGAUUCAAGAUUUUAUACUGUGAAAUAACUUUCAAUUAUCUGAUAAAAAAAAAAAAUACUGCCCAAAGACGAAACCGAUAAAUCAAGUACCAAGUCUUUCUUCCUUUGACUACAAAUAUACAUUAUUUUGAAUGUAGCUGUUUGAUAUUGAUUUGAUAUUAGAAAUCACUGAAAUGUUCACUUCUCAUCACAUUAGAUGAAAAAGAAUACAUAUCUAUCCGGUUUUGUAACUAAAAAGAUGAAUUGGAGUGUAUGUUGCAGCUGGAUUUGAUGCUUUUUUAAAGAAAAAAAAACAGUUGUUCUAAAUGUGUUUUAUAUGAAAACAUUCUUUAUUCCAUCUUUUGAAGUUUGGAAUAAGACAAAGUUUUCAUGCCUAAACACCACAGAAGCUACUGAGGGUAUGCUGUUAUUCCUCAUGUAUUUAUGCAAGCUGUCUGCAUGAUAUCCUGACACUAUUCUAUUAACUGAACUUGAAUGGAGCAUUUGUAUCUAUCAUAGAGUGAAGUAAUUUACUGGCCAUUGAUAAGUGGUAUGGCUGCAAUUUAGGAAUUGCAGUAUGAUGUGUUUUAUGUCUGCACUGUCAAUAAAAACAAGAAGCAUUUCUAGAAAAACCUAUUUUCAUGAAACUUAUUUCAUGGGAAAAUCGCUCCGUGUUAUUUGGGCAGCACUUCUUUUUCUGAAAUACAUAUAUCCUCAUCCAGAUUCUAAUUUCACAUUUUGAAUAGUUCUGAGAGAUAAUUCACAUGUGGGAAUGCACUGCAAGGACAUUUCAUGGAAUUACUGGAACUCC